GUAAACUCGACUUCCAACAUUGACAGGCGCGUACACGAUAGUGAUACAGCGAAGGGUUCAACGACGGUGUCAGCUAAACGGAGAGCAUACCAGUAAAGAUAAAGCGUUUAAACAGCGCCAUCUACGAUGAAAAUCUUGGUGCUAUUGUUGUUGUCAGUCGUCAGUUUUGAUGUUGUCCUGUCUGCAUGGGUACCCUCACCAGCGUUGGAUAGGGAAGACAAGGGAUUGUUAGAUUCCAUAGAAUGGAUCAAAGAAAAGGAAGCAUCUGAAAUACAAGACAACACAUUUGAAUCAAAUCCACUGGAGGACAAACGAGGAAAUAAAGAUUACGGGUGGGGAACACUGUUCGGAAAACGAAGCAAAACGAAACGAAGUUUGGAUGAUGAGUAUGGCUGGGGAACAACUUUUGGAAAACGCAAUGCGCCCUCAAAGAAAGAGGCUGGAAAAAGUGAUUAUGGCUGGGGAAUGAUGUUUGGGAAAAGGAAUCCGAACCUGAACAAACUGGGAGUACAACGAUGGGGUUCAUUUGACAAUACACACGCAAAGUGCGAUGAGACGAGUGGAACUGGUUGCAUAAGUUGGUCACCAAAACAGAAAUCAAACAAAAGAAUUCAUUUCGUAGCAAGGAAUGGAGUGGAUAAGCGGGGGGACAUUGACUGGAAAAGGGGCGGAGAUUACGGAUGGGGAAUGGUAUUUGGAAAAAGAAACUAUGGUAACCACGACUGGAACGAUAAGCGUGGAGAGCAGUACGGCUGGGGCUUGAUUCUAGGAAAACGAGACUGGGAUGACGAUGAUACAUUUGUUAAUCAAAUACCAGACAGGGACUUUGAUGAUUAUGAAACGGACGUGUUAUCUGAUGAAGACGACGACGAUCUGAACAAACGAUCUACGCAAAUAUUUGACAGUUAUAUACCGCGAGGUUACCUGGGAGAAAACGUGAAAACAUCAGUGCACAAUAAACGGUCACCAUUUAAGGCACAUUUCAGACUUCCUAACCGUGUUACAAGAGCUGAUAAAGAAUAUGGUUGGGAAAUGAUACUUGGCUGA